CACUGUAACUUAAUUCUUUGGAAAUCAAUCACAUCGUCUGUGCCUUGGACUGAUGUGCGCUUCUCUCAAACCCCCGAUGGGAGAGGGAGCGUUCCGCGGCUGCUGGUACAAAACUUCACCACAAAGGAACUAAAAAAGGGGGGAAGAUACUCACAGCGGUUUCUUGGCUGUGACAGAUGACACAGUUAGCUCUGGAAAAUACCUCACCAUCUUGAUUUCGUGCACAGAGACCCCCCCCCCCCACAUCCUUCUCUUUGGCUUUGCCGAACAGGCACACCUCAGGGGAUAUUCUCGCAUUUUUACCAUUUUGUAUUUUUGUGUUGAUUGCAGACCUCCGCCAUGGCCGACGCGGAGUGGAUAGCUAGCUUUUCCCUGUGCAUGCUGAUCAUUUUGGUCACGAUCAUUUACAUGAGGAGAAAGAGCCUGGAGAGGCAGGAGGCCGAGGAGCGGGCGCGGAAGGAGAAGCACGACGCCGCCGUGGCCGUGUCCCUGAUGGGUGGCACCGGGGGCAAGUCGCUCACGUUGACCCCCGACCAGAUACAAAGGGAUCUGGACCGGCUGUGUCUGCUCUUCAGCCAGGCCACCGAGCCCCCUCGUAAGGCAGAGCCUCAGAGACCCCCCAGGGCAGCCCCUGCAGAAGCCCCCAAGCCACCCGCGGAAGCUCCGAAGCCGCGCACUCCACCCGCCCCCGUGGACACCCCAGAGCCCAGCCCCGGUGCUCCAGCCCCACCUGCAGAAGCCCCAAAGUCUGCCCCCAGGCGCCUUCCUGGAACUCUGAGAACUGAGCAGAGGGCCAAACCAGAGGGUCCCCGCAAAGGAAGUGAACACAUCCAGUCAGAAAUCGAGCAAGCAGUUAAGGAGACUCAGUAAAGAUCAGGGCAAACCAGUGCUUCUCCCCACUGGCAUAAGAUAAACAGGGAAGACUCGCCUCAUGGAGAAUAACAUGAAUACUCACUCACUGAAAGACCUUCAGUCUAGCUGGUCUGAACAAGAGCCAGAAAAGCAAUACAGAACAAAUUAAGCGAGUGUAACUGAGACACACUGCAAUACACUGUGAAAAUGUCUUCUAUGCAUAAUAUUGCCUUCUUUUAAGAUUCCUACAACUGUAGCAGUACAAUCAGUUUUAAGUAUGGCACAGCAUGUGAAGGUUGAUCACAAAUGUUUGUUCACAUUUUACUGAUUUAAACAAACAUGUUUUACCUUACAGAGCUAGUGCUGUAAUUGUACAAUUUUAGCAAUUUUGUAUGUGCUAUCUGUCAUACCUGUCUCUCAUUGAUCAAAGAAUGAUAAAACAAUGAUGUUUGCAUGAGUUCACUUUACAUAUAGACUGCUUUUCUUUAGCUUUAACCACUUGUAGUAGUCACCAUCUCGCUUGACCCUUGUAUUUCAUGACAUUGAGCGAGACAAGUUAGAUUUGUAUGGCGGUUCAAUUUUCAUGGUUAUCCUAUAAUUAUUGUUUUAGAAAAUAAACAUUGCUCUUCAAUGUU